CUUUGGAACACUAAGUCACUUUGUUAAAAAUGUGCCAUAAAGAACGCUUUUUUCAUUAAGAACGGAACGGUAUCUGAGAUUCUUUUGUUAUCGGAAGAGUCAAAUCGAUGGUUUAAUUCUACAUUUUGUUUUUGAUGAUUCGGAUGUUAAUUUUUCCUUUUCGUCUGUGAUUACAAAUGAAAUGGGAUCUAAGGCUCUUGAAUACAAUUAUUUGAUGCAAAGUAUUCCAUUUAAUGCUCAAAAAUGGGAUCUCAAUGCCAAAGAAGACGCUCGAAUCAGCCGAUCGCUGACGUUGAAGGCCAAAAUCGCCUUGGCAGUAGCGAUCAUAUUAGCCAUUCUCAUCAUAACCGUGAUCGUUAUAUGCUUCGCCUUACCAUCUUCAACCCAAAAUGUGGUUGCCAGACGAAAGAUAUAUAUGUAUAAUAUGCCAGAUUAUAAUUCGAAUUCUAGACUGGGUAAAUUUGCUUCUGCUGCUAUUUCAACGGAUGCUGCUCCAUGUGCUGUCAUUGGAAGGGAUAUUUUGGCCAAAAAUGGUUCCGCUGUCGACGCGGCCAUUGCUGUUCUUUUAUGCAUGGGAGUUGUGAACCCCCAAAGCAUGGGUUUAGGAGGUGGAUUCCUGAUGUUGUUUUACAACAAAUCAGAAAGAAAAGCCUACUAUUUGGAUGCUCGAGAAACUGCUCCUGAAAGCGCAACUAGAGAUAUGUUCGAAGGAAAUGCUACGCUAGCCAAAAUGGGAGGUCUUUCGAUUGCUAUUCCUGGGGAAUUAGCAGGAUACUAUGUUGCUCAUGAGAAAUUCGGUAAUCUGCCUUGGGAGGAUCUUUUUCCUCCCACGAUCCGUUUAUGCAAGGAAGGUAUCGCUGUAAAUAAACAUCUUGCUAAAGCCUUGAAAAAAUACGAAAAGAAUAUCCAGAGCUUCGAAGCUAUUAGGAACGUAUUUGUGAAUAACAAGACUGGAAAGGUGUUUGAGGAACAUGAUAUAAUGAAAAGGCCUGACCUAGCAAAAACUUUGGAAACAAUUGCUAAUGAAAGUAUGAGUGCACUUUAUGGCCCUCGUACCAAGCUAUCCAAAGAGUUUCUUGCCGAUUUGAAAGCUGCAGGUAGCAUCAUCACUGAGAGAGAUAUGCUGAAAUACAGUCCAAAAUGGAGAACACCGAUAGAAGCCCAGUUGCGGGAUAACAUGACGCUGUAUGCACCUUCUCCACCAGGUAGUGGUGCCCUUCUGACAUUUAUGUUACGUGUGUUAUCUGGCUAUUCAGAUAUCAACGCCAAUGUCACUCGAUACCGAGAUUCCACUUUGCUCACACUUCAUAGAGUCGUUGAGACUUUCAAGUUCGCAUAUGCUCGUCGCAUGGAAAUGGAAGACGAUGAUUCCAAAGAAAUGGAGGAGCUUAUGAAAAAUUUGACAUCCCACGAAUAUGCUGAUUACAUCCGUAGCCUCAUCGACGAUACAAAAACGUAUAACAAUGUAGAUCACUACGGGAUUAAUGUCACAGUACAAGAGGAUCACGGAACUGCCCAUGUAUCGAUAGUAGCUCCCAACGGUGACGCUGUAUCAGUCACUUCUACAAUCAACUUGUACUUUGGGAGUAUGGUAAUGUCACAGUCCACAGGAAUAAUCCUUAAUGAUGAGAUGGAUGACUUCGUUUCUCCCAACAUUACCAAUUACUUCGGUGUUCCACCUGGCAACAAGAAUUUCAUCCGACCCGGGAAACGACCCAUGUCAUCCAUGACUCCAACAAUCAUCGUCGAUCCCAAUGGAGAUGUGAGACUGACUCUUGGUGCAAAUGGAGGAACGCAAAUAACCACAAGUAUUGCUCAGGUUAUUUUGAGAAACCUAUGGUUGGGAGAUAACGUUAAAAGAUCUAUAGAUGGCCCACGAUUGCAUCAUCAGCUUUUGCCUAAUUACAUUGAACACGAAAAUCUUUUUCCGGAAGAUCUUCUAGAAGACUUGAGAAAGAUGGGCCAUAAGACACAUCACUUGGGAGCUGGCAUGAUUGGAAUAGUUAUGGGUAUUACUAGAGAUAAAGAUGGCUAUCUUUAUGCUAACUCCGAUUAUAGAAAAGGUGGAGAAGUAGACGGUUAUUAGUUAAUUUUGAAUAAAUGCAGCAUAUUUCUAAGUCAAUAAAUGCCGUCCAAUGUGUAAUUGGUGCAGCUUAUAUUUGAAGAUAUCUACUGGACAAUGAAAUAAGUAAGAUAUCUGUACAGCUCCUUAUUUCUGGUCAUAGAGUACAAAAUCGAAAGGUCCAGUCGAGGCUGUACAGCAAGUAAAAACGCUGGAAACUAACACUGCUGGUUUCCUUUUCACUUUGUAGUUGCUGUUCAUCUACUUAGGAGAUGAAUUCAUCAGUAUUUGAGACUGUGAGGUUGUGCGUUGGCAAUCUUAGUGUUAUCCAUAGUGAAAUAUUUCAGACAGCUAAAAGUAUUUUAUUUAAAAAUAUAUGUGUAGUGAUUUUCACUACAAUAAAAACUAUAGCGCGCUGUAUAUUGUGAAAAUCACUUCAAAAUGAAUGUGUUAUGACGGUAUGGUUAAUAAAUUAUAUUUCCUGUUUUCGGCUUUGAGAUGGUUAUAAUUUACUUUUUAAUGAUUUAUACAAUCACAUUUGUAUUUUCUACUAGAAUUCAGAUACAAAAAUAUGAAUAAAGAUAUUCAAGUGAUGAGAAUUUGUAAAGAAAAUAUUUUCAGGUUGGCAACAAAUUAAAUUCAAUAAAGAUGGUCAUAAAGAGCA